UUUACUAAGUCCACUCAAUGCGCGUGGGAGGAGGAGCUAGGUCUGGUGGAUGUCCGUGGAGCUCCUGAGGCGCAUGGCGGAGAUCAAGGAGGACGAGGAGGAUGCGCGGCCUCCCCAGAUCUCCAGGGAUUCCAGCAACAAAGAGAAGAACAGCGGCCGCUGCGUCUACAUCAACGAAGGGGAUCGCUAUCCCGAUCUCUAUUGCAACAACAGGGUAUCCAACACCAAGUAUAAUCUCUGGAAUUUCCUUCCCAAGAAUCUAUGGGAGCAAUUCGGGCGAUUCAUGAACAAGUACUUCCUUCUCAUUGCGAUCCUCCAGCUCUGGCCUCUCAUCACUCCCGUCAAUCCAGCCAGCACUUGGGGGCCUUUGCUACUUAUCUUCUCGGUCUCGGCGUGUAAGGAAGCUUGGGACGAUUAUAACCGAUAUAAGCUGGACAAGCAAGCAAAUGAGAGGAUGGUUUGGGUCGUCAAGAAAGGCGUCAAGACACGGAUCCAAGCGCAAGAUAUUCAUGUCGGUGACAUCGUCUGGUUGCGGGAAAAGGAUGAAGUUCCGUGCGAUAUGAUCUUACUGGGAUCGUCAGAUCCUCAAGGUGUUUGCUACAUUGAGACGUCAACCAUUGAUGGAGAAACUGAUUUGAAGACCCGAGUUGUCCCGUCUCCUUGCAUUGGGCUUAACUCCGAGCUCCUUCACAAAAUCAAGGGUAUUAUUGAAUGCGGAUAUCCGGACAGAGAUAUUCGAAGACUUGAUGCCAACCUCAGGUUGUUUCCUCCUUUUAUCGACACGGACUACUUCCCAAUCACUGUCAACAACACGUUGUUGCAAUCCUGUUUCAUUAGAAACACUGAGUGGGCAUGCGGAGUGGCUGUGUAUACAGGCAAUGAGACUAAGCUUGGGAUGAGCAGAGGUUUGCCAUCGCCAAAACUUACAGCAGUCGAUGCGAUGAUUGAUAAGCUAACCGGAGCCAUUUUUGUAUUUCAAGUGGUUGUGGUUAUCAUUCUUGGUUUCGCCGGAAACGCGUGGAAGUCCACUGAGGCGGACAAGCUGUGGUACGUCCAUUAUCCGAAAGCUGCCCCUUGGUACGAGUUUAUUGUCAUUCCCCUAAGGUUUGAGCUUUUAUGCUCGAUUAUGAUACCCAUUUCAAUUAAGGUCUCCUUGGAUUUGGCAAAAAGCAUGUACGCCAAGUUUAUUGAUUGGGAUCUUCAUAUGUACGAUGAGAAAACGGAUACUCCAGCCGUUGCUACAAAUACGGCCAUCAGUGAAGAUCUUGGUCAAAUUGAAUAUAUUCUCACUGAUAAAACGGGUACAUUGACCGAAAAUUUGAUGUUGUUCAAGAAAUGCUGCAUAAAAGGCUCCUGUUACGGUGAUUCAACCCGUGAUGCUGUCAAAGAUCCUGCUCUUCUUCGUGCGCUAAACGAAAAUGAUCCAGAAGUACUCAAGUUUCUUACAGUUAUGGCAGUUUGUAACACGGUGGUGCCAAGUCGAAGUCCAAACGGUUCGAUCUCAUACAAAGCUCAAUCUCAAGACGAAGAAGCUCUUGUUUCAGCUGCUUCUCAUCUUCGCGUCGUGCUGCUUAACAAGGCUGCUAACUGUGUAGAGGUCAGUGUACUCGGAGCGGUAUUGGAGUUCGACAUUCUUGACGUGCUAGAAUUCACGUCCGACCGUAAGAAGAUGUCAGUAAUUGUAAGAGAGAGGCAGACUGGCGAGCUGAAGCUAUUAACAAAGGGAGCUGACGAAGCAAUUUUUUCUUCAGUCCAUAACGACCAACAAGUAAGGCGUGUCGCGGAGAUUGUCGAUCAGUAUUCACAGAUGGGAUUAAGGACGCUAUGUCUGGCUUGGCGAGAUAUCCGAGAGGAGGAAUAUCAUGACUGGUCGAGGAAGUUUAAAGAAGCGAGCAGCAGCAUCGUGGAUCGAGAGUGGAAGAUUGCGGAAGUGUGCGUGCUUAUGGAACGUAAUCUAGAGCUUUUAGGUGCAACAGCUAUUGAGGACAAGUUACAAGACGGUGUUGCGGAGACCAUUGAAAGCCUUCGAGAUGCAGGAAUCAAUUUCUGGAUGCUGACGGGAGAUAAGCAGUUGACAGCAGCUCAGAUUGCACUUUCGUGCAACUUCGUGCUUCCGGAACCUCAGGGACAAUUACUGUAUGUGCAAGGAGCGACCCAGAGUGACGUUGGAGCGAGUCUGGAGAGGGUCUUGCGAACUAUGCAGAUAUCUAGCACUGAACAUAAGUAUCAGGAUGUAGCCUUUGUUAUCGAUGGACUGGCACUGGAAUUUGCAUUGAAGUACUACAGACAACUUUUCGCUGAGGUGGCUUCACUAUGCAGAACUGCUAUUUGUUGCCGUGUAACACCAUCACAAAAGGCUCAGCUUGUACAUUUAGUAAAAAGCUGGGAGUUCAGAACUCUCGCUAUAGGAGAUGGAGGAAACGAUGUCCGCAUGAUACAAGAAGCUCAUGUUGGUGUAGGGAUAAGCGGGCGUGAAGGCCUUCAGGCAGCUAGAGCAGCAGAUUACAGUCUCGCCAAAUUUCGAUUUUUGAAGCGGUUGAUACUUGUACAUGGGAGAUACUCAUAUAAUAGGAGCGCAUUUUUGUCACAGUACUCAAUCUACAAAUCACUGGUCUUAUGCUUCAUUCAGAUCUUUUUCUCGUUCGUGUCAGGAAUAUCUGGGACGAGUUUGUUCAACUCUUUCAGUUUGAUGGCCUACAAUGUUUUGUACACUAGUGUCCCUGUGAUGGCUAGCGUCCUCGACAAGGACAUCGACGAGAAGACGGUCCUUCAACAUCCCCAGAUAUUGAAAUACUGUCAAGCCGGGAGGCUUUUAAAUCCCAGCACAUUUGCUGGCUGGUUUGGCCGGGCACUUUUUCACGGCGCCGUGGUUUUUCUCAUCACCAUGCACGUCUACGUGAAUGAAAAGAGCGAAAUGGAGGAGGUCUCUCUUGUCGCGCUAUCAGGCUGCAUCUGGCUCCAAGCAUUCGUCGUCGCGUUGGAAACAAGUUCCUUCACGACCAUUCAGCACAUAGCCAUCGGCGGCAACCUCGUCGCUUUCUACAUCUUCAACCUGGUCGCGAGCACCGUGAAAUGGGGAGGCAUGUACACUAUCAUGUUUCGCAUUUGCAGCCAGCGUGCAUACUGGCUCACGAUGUUGCUGAUUGUUGGUGCCGGGAUUGGACCCAUCGCGGCUCUCAAGUUCUUCCGGUUCUUCUAUCGCCCCAGCUUGAUCAACAUCCUCCAGUACCGGGAGAGACGAGCAAGGGUCACAGAAGCAAAUGCUACGUCUAGCUCCAGUGCUACGAGCAGUGGGAGCACUUCUAGCAGCCAACGCGCCGCGCAAGACGAAGAAUCAUCGUCAGUGUAUCAGCCUCUCUUGUUGUCCACCAAGGAUAGAACAAAGCGCCAGUGAUUCAUGCGCUAAAAUCAAAGUGCUUGACAUUUUGUCAAUUGGAAGCAAAAGCAUAACUAGGAGUAUGAUCAUAG